CUUUCUGUUUGUUUCGUGAAGUGAUACAUCGUUAAUGAGUGAUUGAGAGGAACUGAUUUUAGCUAGUGUCCUGUGCAUGUAUAGCCUUGUAAUGUGGGGCACUUAGUCAGGCAAAGAUCACUGAACUUAUUCUUGUGAUAUCGGGACAUGUAACCUCAUACAAAUCAAGAAUGAAGUUUUUCACAAAGAUCUUGCAUAAUAUAUAUGCAAAGACAUUUGGCGGUAAUGUCCAUCAGGAAAUGGAACCACUGGCUUCCGUAAUCAACAGCGAUGAGAACUAUGGGACAGUCAACGUCGGUGAGGAACAAGGGGGCCUUCAGGCAAGCUCCGGAGAGGGAGCGGAGAAAACGACGAUACCUCGUGUCAGUGUGGAGGCAGCUUCCGUCGACGUCCAGGACUUCAGCAUUAACCGAGCUGUGCAGGGCUGUAAUGGCGAGAGAAAAGGAAAACCGCAGCAUCUGCCUCCCUUAAGGAUAUCAAUGGUGAAGCAGAAUCCUACGCUUGGGUCACCUGAUUCCGACAUUGACAUACUGGGCUACCUCGACUAUACGCCGGACUCCUUGGGAAUUGACACAUUAAGUGCAGGUUCACUUUCAUUCUCAAACGUGUUCCAGCUCACAAAAUUCAACGAGCUGAUGCCGGAGGUGUUCGUUCCAGAACGGCCCGUCCAGCUAACCAUAACCCGGGUGGACUCUGACAAUAGUAACCGGGGACUGAAAAUUUUUUCCAGCCCUGUCUUACAGAUAGAACUGGAACAUGGCGACUUCAAGUGGACCAUCAGAAAGAAGGUGUCUCAAGUGACCAACCUUCACAGCCAGCUGAUCAUCUUGAGGACAAAACUGAAGCUUCCCGCAGCUACCAGAGAAGCUCGCAUCCGAAGGCAGAGCAUGCGCAUCCAGAUGAGGAGAGCGGAGAAGAUCGAGGAAAUGAAUGAGGACGGAGGAAAGGCAACUCAUCGGAGGAUGGUCAAGUACCCUCGUCGGGCCCUCCAGUCGAUGGACAAGGGCGUGUUGGCGGAUUUGCAGACCUACCUGAGGAAUAUCUUGUACCAUCCCCUGUACCGUAAUCACCAGUCACUCAUUGAAUUUCUCGAGAUCUCCCCAGUAUCUUUCAUCAAGGAGUUAGGAAGCAAACACAAGGAAGGACUAGUGAGGAAGAGGAUUGGAAGCUACAACUCCAACGGGUGUUGUUCCUGGUGCUGGAGUCCAGUUACAGGUAGAUACAAGCACAAGUGGCUGGUACUAAAGGAAACCUGCCUCUUCUUCCUGACGCCCGAGAGCGGAGAGAUCCGCAGUGUUAUGCUCAUGGACUCAUAUUUCGAAGUCUCCCAUGGUUACAGGAUCAUCGGUAUCAGGAACGCGUUGCUCAUAUCAAACUUGUCCAGGUCUGUCGUGUUCAGAUGUGACAGCGAGGCUAGUCAGAAGGAGUGGAUCAAGCAGAUACACAGAAAUCAGCAGAAGUACGGUAGGGACUUCAUCCAUCGCGACAGACGUUACGAUUCGUUUGCACCUGUACGGAAAUCUUCAUAUGCUCGCUGGUACGUUGACGGUUCUCGUUACAUGUGGGACGUGGCUGAGAUGCUGGAGUCGGCUAGAGAGGAGAUCUUCAUCACGGACUGGUGGAUGAGCCCCGAGAUAUAUUUGAAACGCCCGGAUCUCACAGGAUGUAAAUGGAGAUUGGCGGAGGUUUUGCGUCGGCAGGCCGAACGCGGAGUUAUGGUGUUCAUCCUUCUCUACAAGGAGGUGGAAUUGGCCCUUGGGAUCAGUUCCAUCUUGACCAAGCAGACUGUUGGACAACUUCACGAGAACAUCAAGAUUCUACGGCACCCAGACCACUACGCUGGAGGUGUUCUGUAUUGGGCCCAUCACGAGAAGAUGGUCAUAAUCGACCAGAUGUAUGCCUUUGUGAGCGGCAUUGACUUGGCGUUUGGUCGAUGGGAUGACUCCAGGCACAAACUUUUAGAUGUAGGUCACGCUGGCUUACAGUCACCCCAGGGUGCUCAGUCUCCGAGCGUCCCUCAGGGGCCCCAAGGGUCCACUUUGAUGCACCUCGUUAAGGGGACCAACGAAGUUCUCGUGAAAACCGUAACGCAGUCUACUCCCAGUAGCAGGAGGUCUUCUUUCGACAACGGCUUGUCAGAUGAUCACACCCUUAGUACCACACUGAGUUCUAUUAUAUCUAGUCAAGUGGAAGUCACCCCAGAUGUUCAGGUAGCUUAUCGUCAAGAAGACAGUAGUAAGGGCGGCAAGUAUUUAGAGCCAGGUGGUUUCCCCAGCAGAGACAGCGACAGCGUCUUGAACGACCUGCCCGGCGAUAGCUCGAAUGUGAAUAUGAGCUCAUUGCAAAGCGAAUCUAGGUACAGAGGAGAAGACGAAGACGCUUCUCUCAAAGAUAACGUCUCCUCGUACGAGAAGGCGUCCCUAUCUAGUCAUAGCAUGAAGUUCGUGAAGAGGAAACUGCUGAGGAGGAGUACGCGCGGGGACAAGCGUACGUCCACCGCCACCUGCCACCAAAAUUCCGACGGGGAAGAACACUCUGAAGGAAGGGUGGGGAAAGGGCUAAAAGAAGUGAAGAAAAUGGGUCUCGAACUGGUGGAAGAAGUCAAGGAGAAGGGACGAGAAGUUCGAGCCUGGACCGCUACGAAACUUCCUCAGCUACACCGGAGAAACAGCUCGAGCUCUGAAGUGUCGGACGAGGAUGAAGUUGACAAUCCUGAGCACGGAGUGAAAAGCAUCUACAAGUUUCACCGUCACAGGUUAGGGGACAGACACAAGAUGGGAAGCACUUCGUCCCUUGCCCAGGCUCACAGCGUCCUCACCAAAGAAGACACAACGUCCAUCCACCUGUGGGUUGGGAAGGACUACGUGAACUGGAUUAGCAAAGAUCUGACCAAUUUAGACAAACCUUUCAAAGAUAUCGUCAACCGGCAUCAAACUCCGCGGAUGCCUUGGCACGACAUAGGCCUUUUUGUCGAGGGACCAGCCGCCAGAGAUGCUGCCAGGCAUUUCAUACAGAGAUGGAAUGCUGUGAAGACGGAGAAGGCCAAACCUGAUCGUUACUACCCCUAUUUACUGCCAAGGACUUACGACAAGGCAAGCUUUGUGCCAUCCCAUCUUGUGCCAAAACACAAAGUCAAGUGCCAGGUAUUGCGAAGUGUAGGCAGAUGGAGUGCCGGAUUGGAGGAGAGUGAAUUUAGUAUUCUCAAUGCCUACACGGACCUCAUACGCCAAGCAAAGCAUUACAUCUACAUCGAGAAUCAGUUUUUCAUAACUUGUGCCAAUAUGGGCGAAGCCAAAGAAGUGAACAAUUCCAUCGCUCAGGAGAUAGUGGAACGUAUAGUGCAGGCUCACUGCAAUAACGAAGUUUUUCGCGUCUACAUACUUCUUCCACUCUUACCAGCCUUCGAAGGAAUGAUAGGCAAAUCAAGCGGCGUGGCCAUGCAGUACAUUGUCUACUGGAACUACGUCAGCAUAUGCAGAGGCAAAACCAGUUUACUACAGUGCCUGAAGGACCAAGGAGUGACAGACUGGAGGAAGUAUGUGUCGUUCUGCUCCUUGCGUAACCACGAAGAGCUUCACGGGCGUCCUGUGUCAGAGCUCAUCUACAUCCAUUCGAAACUGAUGAUCAUCGAUGACCAGUAUGUGAUAGCUGGCUCUGCAAAUAUCAAUGAUCGCAGCAUGAUUGGCAACAGGGACUCAGAAGUCUGUCUGUUGAUGGAGGAUGAAGAAUUUGAACAAGGCAUCAUGGAUGGAAAGCCUUACGAGAGUGGCAUCUUAGCCGGAAGCUUACGGCGGUACUUGUUUUGCGAGCACCUUGGGAUUUCGGAGGAUGACGAGGCUGCGAUAGCCACCAUAACUGACCCUGUUUCGGAGGAUUUGUUCAUGAAGACAUGGUCCAGUACCGCUGCCAAAAAUACGAAAAUAUUUGAGGAGGUGUUCUCAUGCUAUCCCUGUGAUAGUGCCAAGACAUUUGAGGAUGUAAACAGGUUAAGAAACUCGGCUUCUAUGGCAGACUUGAAUCCAUCGGAGGCCCUGAGAAAACUGAAGGAUGUGAAGGGUCAUCUGGUAGAAUUCCCAUUACGCUUUUUGGAGUAUGAAGUACUUAAGCCCGGCGUCGGAACCAAAGAAUACCUUUUACCCAUGGGAACGUGGACGUGAGAGGUGAUCUCUGUAAAUAUAUUGUACAGAAGUUGUUUUUUUUAUAUCUUUUAGAUGUGUGCAUAGAUUUUUAAAUUAUUUAUAUGAAAAUUUAUAUAAAAGUUAUGUGGAGUAA